AUGCUGGAGACUCUUGUCUUCCAAGAGUAUGCAGAUGAGAUCUUCGAAUACCUUAUGCGCAAAGAAACCAAGAUGCUUCCAGACCCAAACUAUUUAGAUAAACAGCGUGGCCUUGACUGGGGGAUGCGAACGCAACUAGUGGCGUGGUUGGUCACGGUUCGAAACCACCUCGGCCUCCCUCAUGAGGUCUUAUAUCUGACCGUCAAUAUUAUCGACCGCUCCAUGUCCUUGAUGGAAGUAACUCCUGACCGACUAAUGCUUCUUGCAGCUGCAUCACUGAUCAUAUCGCUUAAGUAUGAACAACAAUACCCUGACUAUUCAAUGCAGGAUAUUAUCGAAAUUUUCGACCUUGAACCAGAAAAAGUGCGUCAAGCGGAGCGUAUUAUCCUUCAACGGUUAGACUACGACCUUGGUUGGCCAGGGCCAAGUAGCUUCCUACAGAGGAUCAACAAAAUCAACAAUGGAGAGACACAAUUAACCGUCUUAGCCCACUACGUCCUGGAGGUAAUGUUAAGAGAUGAACGAUUCGUGAGUAGCUUACCUAGUUUUACAGCUGCAGUUGCAUACUGCUUCGCAAGUGAGAUAUUAGGGCAAUCGAUAUGGACACCGCAACAAGUUGACCUAUUGGGCUAUUCUAGAGCGGAACUGGAACCUUUCAUCCAAAUAAUACGAGAGUUAUGCCAGAACCCUAAGAAGCAUCACCCGGAAACCUUUGAGAGGUUCAAUCAAAGAUAUACAGAGCUGUUCGAGAAAGUCGAAAAGAGAUUUCAGCUUAUAAGGCAUCAAGGAUGA